AUGUCGCUUCCCGAUACAACCCGAGCUUUCCGUCGUACCUCUGGGCCAAUUCCCAGAUCCUUAGAGCUUAUUACAGAGAAGCUCCCAAGCACACUUCAACCUGACGAAGUACUUGUCCGUGUCCAUGCUGUCUCUCUCAAUUAUCGUGAUGUCGCGAUGCUUCACGGAAAGUAUCCAGACACUUCUAUCAAGAAAGGUAUUCCAGCUUCAGAUUGUGCCGCAGAGGUUAUCUCGACCGGAUCAAAAGUUAUCCAGUUCAAAGCAGCGACGAUCACCUGUGCUGGAACAACGGCUUGGAACGCCCUUGGUACGCCAAGCACCCGCGACUCGGGCAAAGUCGCACUACUGCAAGGUACUGGUGGAGUGAGCAUGUUUGCUUUGCAGAUUUGCUUAGCUGCUGGUAUACGUCCUAUCAUCACCUCCUCUUCCGAUAAGAAAUUGGAAAUGGCUCGCUCGUUGGGUUCACCAGGCACUGUCGAUACCAUCAAUUAUAAGACUCAUCCAGAGUGGGAAAAGGAGGUCUUACGCCUAACUGAUGGUAACGGCGCAGAUAUCGUUAUAGAAAACGUGGGACCAGCCACCAUUGUCCAAAGUCUUGCUUCACUGGCCCAACGAGGAACAGUGUCUUUAGUCGGCUUUCUUGGGGGUUUUGAUUUACCUUCGCAGGCAGAAACGGCCACAUCAUCGGUCCUGAUGAAGACCGCUAAGUUACAGGGAAUCUUUGUCGGCUCCAUAAUCGACCAGCAGGAUUUGUGCAAUUUCCUCAAUGAAAGACAAGUGGGACUGUCAGCUAUCAUAGAUCAAGUCUUUUCGUUUACUGACUCGAACGCUGCCUUUGACCAUUUGUAUUCUGCCCAGCACCAGGGCAAGGUUAUUAUCAAGCUUUAG